UCGUACUCGCGUGCACAGGCAGGCGGGAUUCCCAACAGUGUGCACAACGAUAUAUUUAAAUUUUUCUUUAAUCUUAAAUUUUGGUGUUUCCUAACCAAAAGAUUUGUUCUAAAAAAAUGUCGGCAUAUUUUGGCCUUCACGUCGGGCGUACCAACUCUUGCGUGGCCGUCUGCAAGGAUAGUAAAUCUGAUGUCGUAGCUAACGAUGCCGGUGAUCGUGUCACGCCAUCCAUCGUCUCAUUCUCUUCUGAAGAGAUAGCUGUUGGUCUGCCUGCCAAGCAAGGUCUUUUUAGAAAUAUGUCUAACAGUGUAGUCAAAUGCAAAGAACUUCUAUGCUGGAAUGGAGAAGAAGAUGAAUUGGCCAAACUCCAGUCCACAUCUGUCUGCCCAGUUAUCGUAAAAAACAAGAAGUUGUUAUAUGAAGUAGAGGUAGAUGAAAAGAAGAAGUUCUUUUCUCCGGAAGAUGUCUUAGUUCAUAUUUACAAAAAAUUAUAUGAUAUUGCUAUUCACCAUUCUAAUGUGGAUGAGGAAUCCAUGAAAGCAGUAGUGAGUGUACCACUUUCUUUUACUUCUGAACAGAGAAAAGCUGUGUGGAAGGCUGCCGAAAAAGCCGGUUUCAACAUAUUGCAAGUUAUAAGCGAACCUGCCGCUUCACUACUAGCCUACGGAAUUGGACAGUCCAACAAACACGAAACUCUUUGCUGCUUGGUGUACCGCUGUGGUGGAGCGACGCUGGAUGUCUCUGUGGUUAAUGUUCGUGGAGGCAUGUACACCAUUGUCUCGUCAUUGCACAGAAAGCAAGGGGGUGACAAGUUCACGGCUCUUGUAGCCAAUUACCUUGCUGACGAGUUUCAAAAUAAAUGGAAAUUGGACCCUCGAGAGAGCAAACGAUCCAUGUUCAAAUUGAUGGGUGCUGCAGAAGAGUGCAAACAUGUACUAUCGACGUUGAACACUGCCCAUUGUUUUGUUGAAUCGCUUCACGAAGGAGUUGAUCUUAGUGCCAAUGUGUCUCGGGCUAGAAUAGACAUGCUUAUUACUCAACUUUUCCCAGAAUACAUUGGACCUAUUUCUGAAGCAUUGACACAGGCUGGCCUGACUGCUGCCGAUGUACACAAGGUAAUUGUUUGUGGUGGAACGGCAAAAAUGCCCAGGCUGCAACAAGCUAUUCAAGAAGCUCUGCCUAAAAGCGAGUUACUCUCCAAUUUGACAGCUGAUGAGGUGAUUGCUGUCGGGUGCAGUAACCAAGCUGCCGUGAUUGGAGAACCUUGGGAUACGAUUUGUCAACACAAGCAAGUCGCAGUGCCAUCAAUUAGUAAAAGCAUUUCAGUGCGCUGCGGAGACGAAGACGAGAGUCAAACAACGAUGGUAUUUUCUGCUCAAACGCCACUUUCGUCUCGCUUUUCUCUGCCUGUCCCACUAGGCAAGAAACAUAAUGUCGCCAUUCUUGACGUCUUUGAAGAAACUGAACUUGUGGCAAAGCUAACUUUAAACAACCUACCAGAAGCGCCCAGCGUGGCUGCCAAUUUUCAUCUUUCCAGUGACGGAUCUCUGCACGUAACGCUAACGGAAAAAAUCACAGGUGUCACGACAGCGGCGACCAUUGGCACAACCAUUGUGGCAUGACUAAACAAAAGGUGAGGAACAGGUUGAAACAUUGAAAUCAUAAGGCUCGAGGAUAAUUGCAACACAGUUGACUACUGAAUCCUAUCACAUUCGAUCAAUAAACAAAAGAAAACGCA